GUUCGGUUUUAUCCCAUGGCUUCAGACCCACCCACUACUUCAGCAGUGCAAGCUAGGUAGGGCGCCCACGAAUACAUCUCCAGCUCCAAGCUCUAUCCUCUCUAUCCACCUUAGCCAUGUCGAGAGGAACAGACCGUCUGAUAAAGAGUGUGAAGCAAUUCGCUGACUUACAAUACAAGCUCUUCACUGCUCGUUAUGGCCAACAAGUGAUUGAUAUUUUCGAGUUCCCAAUAAAACUUGUCUUGUCUCCUUUCACUCUUGCUUUUGACAUUGCUGGCUCCGCUCCUCGUGGCUUUGGUGUCCCUGAGCUCGUCUCCAAGCUCUCCUAUGCUUCUAUCUUUGUUGUUGCUACUUUGGGGACCUAUGAUAUUGCAUUGGAGAUGGGAAAGAAGGUGAUAUGUCAAAGGAAUUGUCAGACUUGCAAUGGAUGGCAGGCACUGCGGUGUCAUAUGUGCAAAGGAGCAGGGAAGGUGCAUUACCAAGUUAAAAAUUACACCUUGAGAAGUGGUGAGAAGGCUACAGCUGAAUGUAUUGCAGAUGCCAUUGCUGACAAUCGAGCUGAGCUGGUGCACCUUCCCUCCUCCAUGGAUCUUAACAUGCCUUUGCCAUCUAAAGACUGUCCAACUUGUGAUGGAACGGGUGUAAUGAGCUGCCCUGAAUGCAAAAACAAAUUACAAGUCAGGAUCUCUGCGGACGAUAUAAUGGAGCCCCCAUGGCAAGCCUACAAUGUCUUGAGCAAGAUGGAAUAUCCUUAUGAGCAUAUAGUUGAUAGCAUGAAAGAUCCCAGCAUUGCUGCAUUUUGGUUGUUUUCCUUUCCUGAGAUUAUGGGUGGCUUCAACUAUGAUGGUGAUAUCAAGCAGAAAAUUUGGUGGCAGUACAAGGAAUCAAUGAGAUACGAUCAACUACGAGAUAUGGUAGCCAAGCGAAAACCUGGUUGGGAGCACUUGCAGGAAGCCUUGAUCUCAAUAGAUCCUAUUCGUGCCAGGGAUGAUCCUAUUGUUGUGAAAAAUAUCCCAUACUACAAAGCCAAGAAGGCAUUGGAGGCAGAGGUCAUGAAACUUGAUCCACCAUCUCGGCCACAGAAUUGGGGUGAGCUGGAUCUUCCACUAAAUGUAUCAUCAUGGAGCGAGGAGGAUCUUAAAAAACCAGAAAAAUUCUAUGAGAUGACUGUUCUUCUUAAUGCACAAAGAGAAAUUGCUGAUAAAAUUUUGGAUGCACAAUGGGAAACUAAAUGGCGUCAAGAAAAGUUGAACGAACUGUUGGAAGAGAAGGUGCGGCCAUACAUUCAGAACAUCAACAGUGGUGCCCUUCCCCGUCCUAUCAUAAUACAACCACAGAAUCAGGAUAAAAAGAGGAGGCAGAGGAGAUGGUGGUUUUUCUGAAGAAGUUUUAACCAGCAUUCCCGUGUAGGUGGGUGACACAUUUCAUAAGUUGUAUUUGCCAAGUUUUUUCUUUCAAAAUUAUACAUUUUUCUCUCCUACCCUACCUAAGUCUCUCUGAGAAUUUUGUAGCUCUAUCCUUGGAUCAGUCUUAACUUCUACCCUUAUCCUAGAUAUUCUGUAGCUACUAUAUCUACUCUGUCUGUUUUUGUUCUCUUAGAGUCGGUCUUGAUUGAAUGCAAUAUAUCUCAAUAUUUUAGCUGUCAAACAAGUGCUGUAAUUUCACCUGAAUGCUUUAACCAAUCAAAUAAAAGGAAACGCUAUUUUUUCUUUU